AUGCUCAGUCCAUGAGCUGAGCUGAAAGUGCUCUUUGAUUAAUGUUGUGUGUUGAAUGCUUUCUUUCAGGAGACUCGGUGAAGACAGAGGGGGAGCAGAACCCGCAGGACGGAAUUGGUCUGGAGCGUGUGGAUGUCCGUGACGUGCCUCCCACCCACGUUCCGGAGACACAGGCUUUGAGUCAGCGUCCAAAGAGAAGAGAUUCUGGGAAUCCAGGAGGCGCCCCCAAGAGAAAAAGGGGCAACACUCCCACCCCCCAAAGGAGCCUCAAGAAGGAGCCGUGUCGUUGGACAGAGGAGAAGUCACCAGACGACACCGGUGCCAUUCAGUGGGUGCGUCAAGCAUCAUGGAGCCCACUGGUCACCCUGUUGGCAAAGAACCCGGGAGAAAGGUACCCUACGAGUGUGAAGACUGCAGCAAAAGGUUCAGCUACAAAUCACAGUUAGACAUUCACCUGAGGACACACACAGGAGAGAGACCCUUCCAGUGCCUUGACUGUCCCAAGGGGUUCAUUCAGGCCUCGGACCUCCGCGUCCACCAGGGGAUCCACACGGGCGAGGAGCCGUUCUGCUGUACAGUCUGCGAGAAGAGGUUCACCCACAAGUCCACGCUGUGUAGCCACCAGCGGGUCCACACCCAGGACAAGCCAUACGAGUGCGACGUCUGCCCCAAAAGUUUCAGCCACCGCGGGAACCUCAACGUGCACAGGCGCACCCACUCAGGCCUGAGACCCUACUCGUGUCCCCAUUGCCACCUGGCCUUCCGCCAACUAGGGACGUUUAAACGCCACCAAAGGACACAUGUCAAGGAGGUGCCACAGGUCCCUUCUGACCAAGAAGGACAUUAACAGGUCUCUCCCCUGUGUGUGUCCUCUGGUGGAGGUGUAACAGAUUGGUAACUGAAACUUUUGAUGCAAAAAUGGUCGAUGAGCACUUAGUCAGACGGGGGUCUAUGAAUUAGAAUUGGGGUCCUUGAGUAAUUAUUCAUGUUUCCU